AUGUUGAAUUCGGUGAAUCAAAUUUGGAAAUGUAGAUCAUUGUUCACCGGCUCUCUACCGUCAAAACUGAGUAAGUCGUGUUUCCCAUUACUCGACAAGAAAUGCUUCAGUACCGCGAAAUUCGAAGAAUUAGCUGAUAACACAUUGGAUUCCCUUCAUGAAUACUUCGAAGACCUAUUCGAAAAAUACGACAAAGCGUCGGAUUCUGAUAUCAUGCUCAGCAGUGGAGUCCUGACUGUGAAUUUCGGCUCUAAAAAUGGAACCUAUGUAAUCAAUAAGCAAACUCCUAAUCUACAGAUUUGGCUGAGUUCACCAUCAAGUGGCCCCAAGAGGUACGAUUAUCAUGAAAAGCUAGACGCUUGGAUUUAUCGUCACGAUAAUCAAUCGCUUCAUCAUUUACUGCAACACGAAGUAUCGAAUAUUUUCGGCGCAGAUGUGAAUUUCUUCUCGUGUAGACACAGUGGAUCUGCACUCGAGUGUUAG